AUGAAGCUUGCAGUGAGCUUUGUGGAGCUGGAGCUUUUUCGGGUGGACAAAUACCUGCAUCAUCUUCAGCUCUCAGAUGAGACUUUGAUGGACUUGUCAAUAAGAUUUCGACGAGAGAUGGACAAAGGCUUGUGUAGAGACACCCAACCCACAGCUGCUGUCAAGAUGCUGCCCACAUUUGUGCGCUCAACCCCUGAUGGAACAGAACAAGGGGAAUUCCUGUCCCUUGACCUUGGUGGAUCCAACUUCCGAGUGCUCUUGGUCAAAGUCAUGGCUGAUGGCAAACAAAAGGUGGAGAUGGAAAAUCAGAUAUAUGCCAUCUCUGAACACCUCAUGAGAGGCAAUGGGUCUGAGUUAUUUGAUCACAUAGUUGACUGCCUGUCUAAUUUCCUGGAAAAGAUGGGCAUAAAGGAUAAAAAACUUCCUCUGGGCUUCACCUUCUCUUUUCCAUGUCAGCAGACCAAGUUGGACGAGAGUGUUUUGAUGUCUUGGACCAAAGGCUUUAAGUCCAGUGGAGUGGAGGGAAAAGAUGUGGUCAGCCUUCUGAGGAAAUCCAUCAAAAAGCGAGGGGACUUUGAUAUCGACAUCGUGGCAGUGGUUAAUGACACAGUGGGAACCAUGAUGACCUGUGGCUACGAUGAUCGUCACUGUGAAAUUGGCCUCAUUGUAGGAACAGGGACCAAUGCCUGCUACAUGGAACAGAUGAGGAACCUCGAGGUGCUGGAUGGUGAUGAGGGGCGGAUGUGUGUCAAUACAGAGUGGGGUGCUUUUGGAGACGAUGGUGCCUUGGAGGACCUGCGCACUGACAUUGACAGAGAAAUCGAUGCAGGCUCUCUAAACCCUGGAAAGCAGCUGUUUGAGAAGAUGAUCAGUGGCAUGUACAUGGGAGAACUGGUUCGUCUCAUCCUGGUGAGAAUGGCCAAAGAGCAGCUGCUGUUCCAGGGCAAGACUACAGAAGAGCUCCUCACCACUGGAAGCUUCAACACCAGAUACAUCUAUACCAUUGACAGUGACAAAGAUGAGGAAGGUCUGACAAGUGCUGAGAAGGUGCUUCGGGGGAUGGGUCUAGACCCGUCGGUUGAGGACUGCAUCGCCACUCAGAGGGUGUGUCAAAUAAUAUCGACACGGGCCGCACACUUGUGUGCUGCCACGCUAGCAGCGUUGCUGCGGCAGAUCCGGGAUAACAAAGCAGCUGAGAAGCUUCGUACUACUAUUGGAGCAGAUGGCUCUGUUUACAAGAAUCAUCCAGAGUUUUCCAGGAGGAUCCACAAGAUGGUGCGAAGACUUGUGCCAGACUGUGAUGUGCGUUUUUUGCAGUCACAGGAUGGCAGUGGGAAGGGUGCUGCCAUGGUAACAGCAGUAGCUUACCGUCUUGCUGCUCAACAUGCAGAGCGUCAGCGCAUCCUCGACACCUUACGUUUGAGCCGUGAACAGUUGCUGGAGGUGAAGAAGCACAUGAGUGAGGAGAUGGUGCGAGGCCUGUCGAAACAAAACCACGAGCAGGGAAGCCUCAAGAUGCUUCCCACCUAUGUCAGAUCAACACCAGAUGGAACUGAGCAUGGGGACUUCUUGGCUUUGGACCUUGGAGGCUCUAGCUUUCGGGUGCUGCUGGUGCAAAUGCACAGAGGAAAGAGACACAAUGUGGACAUGCACCACAAGAUCUACAGUAUCCCACAGGAGACAAUGCAAGGCACAGGCGAAGAGCUUUUCAGCCACAUUGUGUACUGCAUUGCUGACUUUCUUGAGUACAUGGGCAUGAGAGGAGCGUCCUUACCUCUGGGAUUUACAUUCUCUUUCCCCUGCCAUCAAAGCAAACUGGAUCAGGGCAUUCUUCUGAGGUGGACAAAGGGUUUCAAAGCCAGCGGCUGUGUGGGACAAGAUAUCGUUAUGUUACUUAAAGAUGCUGUUCGUAGACGACAGGAAUUUGACUUGAACUUUGUGGCGGUGGUUAAUGACACAGUGGGAACCAUGAUGACCUGUGGCUAUGAGGACCCCAAAUGUGAGGUGGGACUUAUCGUAGGCACAGGCACCAACACCUGCUACAUGGAGGAAAUGCACAACAUUGAACUGGUGGAUGGGGAUGUAGGUCGUAUGUGCAUCAACAUGGAAUGGGGAGCAUUUGGUGACAAUGGUGAACUUGAUGACUUCUGUACUCAGUUUGAUCUUAUUGUCGACGAGUGCUCCAACAAUCCGGGUAAACAGAGAUAUGAGAAGAUGAUCAGUGGCAUGUACCUGGGGGAGAUAGUGAGGAACGUGUUAAUGGAAUUUACUGAAAAGGGGCUACUGUUCAGAGGCAAACUGUCUGAGCGACUCAAGACCCGGGGCAUUUUCGAGACAAAGUUCCUGUCACAGAUUGAAAGAGACCGUCUGGCCAUGCGACAGGUCCGCUCAAUUCUGCAACACCUUGGUCUCACCAGCUCCACCUGUGACGACAGCGUGGUGGUGAAGGAGGUGUGUAGUGUGGUGGCACGGCGUGCGGCUCAACUCUGUGGUGCUGGUUUAGCCGCUGUGGUCGACAAGAUACGACAGAACCGCAACUUGAAUCAGCUCUCCAUCACUGUGGGAGUGGAUGGCACCCUUUAUAAGACACACCCUCAUUUCUCCAGUGUCAUGCAAGAAACGUUGCAGGAUUUGGCUCCGCAGUGUCAGGUGACUUUCCACAAGUCAGAGGACGGAAGCGGAAAGGGAGCAGCACUGAUAACAGCUGUGGCCUGUAGGGUCAAUAGUGAAGGUCACCAUUAAAUAACCAAGACGUUAGUGGUCAGGUAGAAUCAUAAUGCGGCUGAUUUCUGUGCUGAAUAGUUACAAACACUCUGUGUUUUCUUCUGUUGUUCCUAAAUGCAUCUGUGAGAAGGGACUUGUUAGGAUUGUGUUAAAUAUUAAAACAAUUUUUUCAUCACAAUAAAUGAACAUAUUUAUGGUGAGAGCUGCCACCAAGGUCAGCUGAUGUUAGACAAAUGGCACCUUCGAUUAAAUAUGUCUGUUACAGUCUGAUCAUUCUGAUAACUUAGUCUGUGAUCUGUUUUGAGUCUAAGAACAUUACAAAGUGCAUCAUGAUAAAAAGAAAGAGAAAACAAACUACUGGAAAGAAAUUGUGAGGAGUUGCAUUACAGCAAAACAAGGAAUCUAUAUUUUGCAUUCAGAGUUUUUGUAUUCUUAACGCUAAAUCGCUUGUCUCAUCAGUUUGAGUUGAGUGUCUGCCUUUAAUAAGAAAAAUGUUAGAUUGACCAGGACUGACUGGAACCAAAGCUUAGUCAUAUGUUUUUCAGUUCUAGCACGUCUCAAACCUCUGUGCAUAGCCCAGUGCUUUCUCUUGUCAUCUGGCGCAAUGAAAUAGAGCCUUUGAAGAGCAAUUUGUCUAAUAUACUUUUAAACAUGUUUAUUUAUUUGUUCACUUUUGUACUACAUGAAUUAGCACCUUUUUAAUUGGUGCAUUGUACAAAGACAAAAUAAAUGUCUGUUCUGCAAUGUUGCUUUAGAGAGACAUUUUUACUGAAUCAGAGAAGAUUGAUGGGCAUUUGUUGUUUUCCCUGAAAUACCUUUAAUAAAUUCUUAUUGACUUGUGCACUAGUUUAAUAUCUUGUUUCUGUAUCUCAAAACUAAACUUUUUACCAGAUCUUUGUUGUCAUUGUAAUAAUAAUAGUACGACCUGUAUGAUUGUAACAAUAAUAAAGUCAUGAAAGGGUUACAGUUUGAUUAGGAGACAUUUUUGUUUUGUGUAAGACCAUUGUUGUCAUGGUUACAACCUCUCACCAAUAUGGACUGUGUCACUCUAUAUAUUUAUUGC